AUGGCCACGGAAAGCGCAAGCCCCAAUAGCCUUUAUUUGCAGGCUGGCGCAAACCAGGUCUGUAAGGCAUUCGGCAUCAAAAUCUCGUCUAACGGGCAGGUGGUGAUAACGGCAAGAAAUGCCGGGUUUGAUUCGCUCUUCAUCGACAUGGAACAUGCUUGGCUCUCGCUGGAGCAAGUGAGUAACCUUUGCCAGGUUGGACUUCUGGCUGGGAUUACGCCUUUUGUUCGCGUGCCUCACCAAUGUGGAAAUGGGUUUGUCCAGCGCGCUCUAGACGGAGGUGCAAUGGGGAUUAUUUUCCCUCACAUUCAUUCAGAAGAUGAUGCGAAAAAUGCAGUGCGCAUAUGCAAGUAUCCGCCCAAGGGUUGCCGAUCAAUGACAGGUAUGCUUCCCCAGGUCGGGCUUCGGGGAAUGCCCCUGGACACCAUGAUUCCAGUUGCGAAUCAAUCUCUGUCCACCGUGUUUGUCAUGAUCGAAAGUGCAGAUGCCGUUGAGAAGGCCUCUGAGAUUGCAGCGGUUGACGGAGUGGAUGUUGUUUUGAUUGGGUCCACGGAUCUGUCUAUCGACCUGGGCGUGGGAGGACAAUUCGAACAGCCGACGUACAGAAACGCGCUCAUCAAAGUCAGUGAGGCCUGCCGAGCACAUGGGAAAAUUAUGGGAUUGGCUGGAGUAUACGAUUCCUCGGAAAUCCAGUCAUGGGCGAUCAAUGAUUUGGGAGUAAGGUUCAUUCUGGUGCAGCAGGAUACGUCGCUCCUAUCCCAGGGCGCUAUUCGAGCUGCGAAGGCGGUACCCGCAGUAAUAUAG